AUGAGGCAGAUAGUCGAUAGCGCGCUUAAUCGGUGGAAAGAUGACGAAGUAUUGGAAGAAGUGAACAAACAGACCAUCGAAAAGAUCAUUCCCAGUGAAGAAGAUGUUGAAGUUAAAGAAGUGAAGAAGACAUACGUAUGGAACGUGGUUUGGACUAACGUGCUGCUGAUCGGAGGUCUGCAUCUCGGCGCGAUCUACGGCCUCUACAUAAGAUCGUCCGUCCCAUUGGUAGGAUUAGUGUUCAACAGGAUUCUCGGAUUCGUCAGCAUCUUCGGGGUAACUGCAGGAGCUCACCGACUCUGGUGCCACAAAUCCUACAAAGCUAACACCUUCGUGCAACUUCUUCUCCUCUUCGCCAAUUCGUUGACUUAUCAGAACAGCGUGUACACGUGGUCCAGGGACCACAGGUUGCAUCACAAGCACAGCGAAACCGACGCGGAUCCGCACAACGCGAAACGAGGUUUCUUCUUCAGCCACGUCGGAUGGCUUCUGGUUAGAAAGCACGAGGAAGUUAUUGAGAAAGGAAAGACCAUAGAUAUGAGCGAUUUACAAGCGAAUCCGUACGUGAUGUUCCAGCACAAAUACUACUACCCGAUAGUGUUCAUGUUUACUCUGGUCAUUCCGACUUUUAUACCCUGGUACUUCUUCAACAUCAGCUUCCUCAACUGCCUCUUCAGCAUGACCAUCUACAGAUACAUCAUGACCUUAAACCUGACCUGGUGCAUCAACAGUUUUGCGCAUAUGCAUGGAAACAAACCGUACGACGCAUCGAUCGGUCCCACUGAAAAUACUUUCAUGAAGUAUUUGGGAACCGGCGAGGGUUUCCACAAUUACCAUCACACCUUCCCGUGGGACUACAAGGCGUCCGAACUGCAGAUGGAUUUCCAGAAUAUGACCACUCUGCUCAUCGAUUUCUUCGCGAAAUGCGGUUGGGUCACCGAUAGGAAAACUGUUGAGAAACCGAUGAUCGUUCAGAGGGCAUCUCGCACCGGAGACGGAACUUACAAGAAACGCUUCGGUCUGAAAUUCCUCGAGCAAGCUAAAAACUUGACAGUUUACUUACUCUUCUGGAUGGUCGUUUAA